GAGUGAUCCGGCACCAUGACUCACGUGACGGUGGUGAGAGUGCACGAGGCUCACCUCCAGGGCUGCGGCGACGCCGGGACGGGCCUUGGCAGUGGCGAAACGACCCUCUGGGAUGUCUCGGACGGACGUCCUUGCCUCGCGAAGCAUCUUGGGGACGCUCCUCCCACCCCCAGCGAGGAGCCUGACCACUUCGAGCCUCAGCAGUAUGACAUUCAGACGCCUGAGGUUGUGUACGUUAAUCUGAAGGAGCUGAAGCUUGCUCAUAGCAUAAUGAAGCGUGCUUCAUCGACGCCUAAAGCCCCUGACGAUCGGGACCUUCCGGAGAUACACACGCCCAAGCGAUCCUCAAGGAAGUCUGGCAUCAUCGACCAAAAUGUCGGCGUGACAGGGACAGUGUUCAUGAUGUCGGAUCCGAAGUGUCAGCUGUUUGACUCUUCUGAUGACGACGAGUCGGUGUCGUCCCUGUCGGACUCCCUGUCGUCGCUGUCGGAGAGCGACUCCGGCCUGAGCAGUACGAUCGAAGUGGGCAUGAGUCCGCCGCCCCGCCAUUCCACCACCAUCACCAUCGGCGACGAGAGCUGCGGCGAUGCCACCAACCUACACGUCGCUCCGGUGAGUGCCGCUUCAGGAACCGAAGAGGACAGCCAGAAAGAAGUCCCAGACGAGAGUGCUGCGUCUACGGAACAGGAGAACGCGGUCAAAGCAGCGGACGCCGAGGUGACGCUCGAGUGGCGGGUCAUCCCAGCCGAGUGCCCGGAGAUGAUCCCGAACGAGGCAGCGCCUGAGCUGGAGGGGGACCGGGGCUCGACGCCCACCUCCUUCUCGAGCGCCUACACGGUGACGGAGCACGAGAGCGAGAGUGCCAGCGACGACUCGGCCUCGUCCCGCCAUAACUGGUCAAGCCAGGAAUCCGACGACGAGUCCCACCGCCACGAGGGCGCGAGGGAUCCGCAGGGCCUCCGGACGUCCUCCUUCGAUGCUGGGGACGAAGAAGCUCUUUGCUGGCCGGAGAGCGGGAGACCGAGGGCGGCAGAACCGAGUCUUGAUAGAGCCGACUCGGGUAAUGGAUGUACGACCGAGGAACCGACAAUCAAAAAAGGCAGUAUUAAUUUUGUGCGGGAUGCGGUGAUGCUGACGGCGCCGUGCAUGAUUCGGUCGCCGGACCUCCGUCAGAUGCUGCGGCGCCUGCGACACGUGUCCGGCGGCAGCAGCAGCGGGGAGGAGAGCAUCGUGUUCAAUUAUAUCCCCUGCCGCGACCAACGAGAGAAAGACGACGAGGAGCUGUGGGUCGCCAACGAAGCCGCAGACCCCACGGGCAGCCAUGCUUUCCAAGGGGUGACGCCGCCCCUGCUGCCUCCCCCCCUGGGCUGGGGCGGCUCCGUGGGCCGAGGGGCGAGCGGGCCGUCCGGGCUCCCGCGGCAAGGAUUAGUCUGGGCCGAACAGCCGCACGGGUCGGACGCCUGCGUCACGGGACCCUCGUGCGUGUCGUCCAUCAUGUGUACCUUAGCGCCCUCCCCUACGGAUGCCUCGCUGGUGGGCGGCCCCUCCGGCCCCCGCAAGCACUACUCCACCAGACAGAGAGUGACGGAGCCUCAGGUAAUCAAUGUGAAAGUGAUUGACGAGGAGCCAAAAUACAAUCAAAACAGAACCUGUGCACGUGACAGUGAGACGAACAGUCAGCAAGAAGUGCAGAGCUGCGCUGAGAACCGCCACCUCCCGACCUCCAUCACGACCAACCAGCCGACCAAGAGGUUCUCCUUCCUCAUCCGCAGCAACAGCGUCAAACAGGAUCUCGUGGAGGAGAAGAACGCGACGAACCUCCUCCUCGCCCGCUCGGUCAGCGUCGACCCCGUGACCCCGAGUGACCAAGCCAUCCUCGAGAAGCUGGCGACGCUCAACCUUGAAGGCCGCAACGUCGCCCACAAGCCUAGAGCUCGAGCCUCGUGCUUUGACCCGCCCUGUGCCAAGUGCGGCGAACCCGUGUACCCCCAGGAGAGGACGGAGCCCACCCUCAGACUCGUCUUCCACAGUUCGUGCUUCAAGUGCUACCACUGCGGCCUCAGACUCACCCUCAAGACCUUCUACAGGAGUCCGCUGGAUUCCAAAGACACGAGGCUCUUCUGUAAAAGCCACGUCCCUCAGCUCGAUCCCGGGAAGCUGGACGCCGGGAGAGCAGACUCCUCCUCGACCUCCUCCUCUUCCUCCUCGGGAAAGAGCUCUCCAGAUUCCUCGGCGAAGGACGGCAGCUGCAGUGCGUCGAGCAGAAGCAGUAUUUGCAACAACAAAGAUACAACAGUGAGCACAGUCCAAGACAGACUCGACGUGGUAAAAUGUGACACAAUUGGUUUGAGGUACUUCUGAUGCCCUUGAACCUCAACUAUGGAAGGUCCUACCCCUUAGGUCACAAGAUAUGGUUGACUUCAAGCCAAUGUACAGCCAGCCAGUAGACCAGAGAGAGAGAGAUGCCAUGGAUGGUCAUCAUUCAUCCAAACUUAUAAAAACAAAACCAAUUUGAAAUGUACAUAGGGUAUAGAUGAUAAGUUUUAUUUCCACAAAUUUAGUAUCGUAUGGGACGUUGUGUAUACAUUGUUCUUAUGUCUGUUGGACUGUGUUACUUUAAUACAAGAUUCUAACACUGAAGUAACCUGCAAGAUAUAACCUAGGAUAGCUUUAAGUUGCAAGUAUUAUGAUGUAAUAUUCAUGAUUGUUUAAUGCAAUUAAAUAAUCAUGAAUUAUAUUUGUUGUGCCAUGAUCAUUUUGAUGUGAACAGAGAGCUUUGCAAGAUGUUUAAUUCUUAACAGGAGAGUGAUACAUACUAAGAAAAUCACAAGGCUUUUUCAGUAAGCCUCUGGAAAAAAAAUCAGAACCUUUGCAGAACUUCAGUACCACAACAGUAUGAUGCAAUUCAUAUACACCAGAUGUAUACACCACUGGUUAUAUGACUGUAGCUUUCAGUGACAAUAUGUAAUUAUUUGUACUAGUUUUGCAACAAGUUACAGUGAGUUAGAUUGGAAUGCUCAAUUCUAAUGUUUAAGGACUUUGCAGGCUUAAGUUAAAAAAAGAAAAAGUUUAUGAACUGUUGAUAUUAGAAAAGCAUUAUGCACUUGCACAGUGUAUCAUCACUGAUGCCGAAUUUGCCAAAUAUUACAUUACUUGUAAACAUUUAUGAAAUCAAAUGCCCCAAUAUCAGCAGAACUUAAGCUUGUUCACUCCUAUAUAUAAGCUGUUUGCUUUUGUUGCUUUUUAUAAUAUGAAAUAAAUACAAGAAUUAUGUAUAUUGUGAAAUAAAUACAAGAAGGCUAAUACAUGAGGUGCAAGGCUAUACUUCCUUGAUUCUUUAUGACUGAAAUUCUGUGGAAAUGAAAAAAAAUAUAUAUAUAUUUAGAAAUAGUACUGUACCAAGAAGAUUUUGGUAACACUCAAAACAGCGAACAACUAUUUUGUUUUUAUAGUUUGCCUGUAUGGAAUACAAUGAAAUGUACAGGCAAUAUCUAUUUUGUACUUUUAACAUUUUGUAAAUAUGUUUAAAAUGAACUGUAAUAAAGAACAGGAUCAUAA